AUGCAUCGUCCACAGUUUGCGCUGGGCCGCGGCCUGAGAAGGCUGGCGCCCUCGCCCUCGUCCCGCCGCGGCUACGUCACAGAUGCAGACGUCGAGUCGGCGCGGCGAUACUGCUUGACGCAGCUCCACACGAGCGACUACGAUGCGCACCUCAUCCGCCGUUUCGUCCCCCCUCCCGUCCAAGACGCCUACGCCGCCCUCCGCGCCCUCAACCUCGAGCUCGUCCGCCUCCCCGAGCUCGUCUCCAACCCCACGAUCGGGGCCCUGCGCAUGAAGUUCUGGCAGGAGUCUCUCGAUAACACAUUCGCGGGUCGACCUCCCCGCGAGCCCAUCUGCCUUCUCCUAUACAAGGCCUUGCAGGAUCUGGAAGAGAGGGCCGGCAGCGCAACCAAGAAGUCGAUCAGGUUCUGGGUAUCGCGCCUCGUCAAGACGCGUGAACGACACAUGGAUAACAGACCGUACACGAGCCUCGGGAGCUUAGAGGACUACGCGGAGAACACAUACUCGACCAUGAUGUAUGCGACACUGGCGUCGAUGCCUCUGCGGUCGAUGCACAUCGACCACCUCGCGAGCCAUAUCGGCAAGGCCUGCGGCAUCGUCGCUGUCCUGCGGGGCAUCCCAGUCUUGGCGGCACCCCCGCAGCCGGUCAAGACCCCAUCAGGACUGGACGCCCCGAUAACAAGAGAGCCGUCUCUGCUGCUCCCCCUAGACGUCAUGGCAGAGGAGGGCGUCAAGGAGGAGGAGGUGUUCAGGCAAGGCCCCAACGCGCCGGGUCUCCAGGACGCCGUGUUCAAGGUGGCGACGCGCGCCAACGACCAUCUCAUCACGGCACGUGAGAUGCUCAAGCGGCUCAAGGAGGGCCAGGACCCGGGUCACGAUUUUGAGCACGAGGGCGAGGCGGAGCACAUCUACGGCGAAGAGAGCGACACUGUUCGCGAGAUACGCCAAAGCUUCGGCGUCUUGCUGGAGGCAGUGCCGGCGGCGCAGUUCCUGGAGAACUUGGAAAAGGCCAACUUUGACCCGUUUGCCGUGAAGAGCAGCGGCUGGAGGUUGCCUUGGAGGAUAUGGCAGUCCCUGUCCAACGAACGGCUAUGA